UUUCACAUAAGUCAUCUAAUAACCCAACAUUAUUCUUGAACAAGAAAUUGAAAACUCUGCAAAUUCCUUUAGUAAAAUACUAAGGUAGACGCACAGAAACCAAUGAAAGCCAUAAAUAUUCAUUUCUUCUUGUCUUCCAUAUUUUCUGUUUUGAUUCUUUCUAGUGCUGCAGAUACCAUACCUACAGACCAACCUUUAACAGAUGGAAACACCAUCAUUUCAUCAGGUGGAAAGUUUGAGUUGGGAUUUUUCUCCCUUGGUACUGGUACAUCCAGGAAACGAUACCUUGGAAUAUGGUUCAACAACAUACAGACAGUGGUAUGGGUUGCUAAUAGAGACAAUCCACUCAAUGAUACAGAUGGUAUGCUAAAUUUUACAAGACAAGGAAAUCUUACUCUUCUGAACGGUUCUGGUCGUGUCAUUUGGUCCUCUAGUGCCAUCAGAAGUGUGCAAAAUCCAAUUGCUCAGCUUCUUGAUUCAGGCAAUCUUGUAGUUAGGGAUGCAAGUAAGAAUUACUUGUGGCAGAGUUUCGACUAUCCCGGUGACACAGCUUUACCUGGAGUUAAGGUUGGGAUCGAUCUUAAGACUGGUUUUCGUCGUUCCCUAUGGUCAUGGAAGAGCAGAACUGACCCCUCUAAGGGUGAGUUUAGUUUCAUAUUCGAUCCUCAAGGAUUUCCACAGCCAUUUCUCAUGAACGGUACCGUCGAACGCUUCAGGGGAGGAGCGUGGAAUGGUCAAAGCUUUGCUAAUUCACCAUCUCUGCUACCAAGUCCUGCUUAUAAAUAUAUAUUUGUAUUCGAUCCUGAGAAAGUAUACUUCACGUAUGAGCUCACAGACAGCUCUAUCAUUGCCAGGGUAGUGAUGCAACUGAAUGGUUUUCUAGAGUUUUCAAUAUGGAAUAAUCAAACUCAGAAUUGGGAUGCCUUUGGUAGCGCACCGGCAGACAACUGUGACAUUUAUGGUCAGUGUCACACAUAUGGUCUGUGCAACAGCGGCAAUUCUCCAAUCUGCAGAUGUUUGGAUAAAUUUGAACCCAAAGAUCCAACAGAUUGGGCAAGGGGAAAUUGGUCAGGAGGCUGUGUUAGAAAGGUACCAUUGAAUUGCCAAAAGAAAGUUAAAUUCUUCAAGUAUUCAGGCAUCAAGUUGCCAGACACUCGUUUUUCCUGGUAUGGUCAAGGAGUUACUCUUAAUGCAUGCGAGGAAUUGUGCCUGAGAAACUGCUCGUGUGUAGCCUAUGCAAAUCUAGACAUAACAGGGACAAACGGAAGCUGCUUGCUUUGGUUUGAUGAGCUGAUGGACAUCAGAGAGUUUGGUGCUAGUGGGCAAGAUAUCUAUAUAAAGUUGGACUCUUCUGAGAUAGGUACAGGAAACUCUAGUAGAGAGAAAUUAAAGAUCCUGAGAAUCAGCUUGCCGCUGGCAGCAUUAAGUCUUCUCUCAGCACUAUGCUUGAUCUUGUACAUGAGGCGAAAGAAGAAGAAGAAGAAGGAGGAGGAGGAUCAGAAUCAGCAAUGUUUUAGCGAAGGAAGAGGAACGAGAAGCUCUGAAAUGUUCAGAAUUAAUGAAAGCAAAGAUGACGAUCUUGAUUUACCAUUGUUUGAUUUUGCAACUAUCUUGGAAGCUACCAGUAACUUUUCGCUGAACAACAAGCUUGGAGAGGGUGGUUUUGGACCAGUUUACAAAGGGAUACUGAAAGAUGGACAAGAAAUUGCAGUCAAAAGACUUUCAAGAUACUCAGCGCAAGGAACUGAUGAGUUCAUGAAUGAGGUUAUCUUCAUAGCUAAACUCCAGCAUCGGAAUCUAGUGAAGCUUCUUGGUUGCUGUAUUCAAGCAGAAGAGAAAAUGUUGAUUUAUGAGUACAUGCCUAAUAAAAGCUUGGAUUGGUUCCUUUUUGAUAGAGAUCGGAGCUCACUGCUUGAUUGGACUAAGUGCAUCCAUAUUAUUAAUGGAAUUGCACGGGGACUUCUCUAUCUUCAUCAAGACUCAAGACUGCGGAUAAUCCAUAGAGAUCUUAAACCUAGCAAUGUUUUGCUAGAUAUUGAUAUGAACCCAAAGAUAUCCGACUUUGGCAUGGCAAGAAGUUUCGGAGGAAAUGAGACGGGAGCCAUGACAACUAGAGUGGUUGGGACAUAUGGUUACAUGUCUCCGGAGUACGCAGAAGAAGGAAUAUUUUCAGUGAAAUCAGAUGUAUUUAGCUUUGGAGUUCUAGUACUGGAGAUUUUAAGCGGGAAGAGAAAUAGAGGGUUCUUCCAUCCAGACCAUCACCAUAAUCUUCUAGGACAUGUGUGGAUCCUAUUCAAUGAAGGCAGGGUUUUGGAACUAAUAAAUGCACAUCUAAGGGAGUCGAGAAACCUGUCUGAAGUGCAAAGAUCAUUCCAUGUAGGUCUAUUGUGUGUGCAGCAAUGUCCAGACGAUAGGCCUAGCAUGUCAUCAGUUGUGUUGAUGUUGUCUAGUGAUGUUCCGUUGCCCUCGCCUAAAGACCCAGGUUUUUUUACUAGCAGAAGUCGAUUCGCUGAAACUGACAGUUCAUCUAGCAAGCUUGGUGAAUGUUCUGGAAAUGAAAUAAGCAUGACACUGUUGGAUGCUAGAUAGGAGAAAUAUGUUCAUAUCCUUAUUGUUUGCUUCUAAAGGCUUUAUUUAUUUAACUUCUUACUCCACAUAUCUCAACAGCUUCCAGUUGUUCGACCAAAUUGCUUUACUUCAACAAAAUCUUGUCAUGGCGCCCAAUAGCAAUGUGUUCUGUGUCCCGUUUUUAGUGCUGCUCUGAUUGGGACAUUGUUUAAAGGAAUUGAUCAAAUGUUAAAAAGUUCUUUCUCAGUCUA